ACAAUAAAGGCUGGGUCAGGUGUUGCUUCCAGCCUUUGUCCUGUGUCUGAAGUAGAAUCAGUGUGUGUGUGUGUGUGUGUGAAACGGUGACAGAGACAGGCCAGCAGCCAUGGAUGAUGUAUAUAAAGCAGCGGUUGAGAACUUAACAGAAGAGCAGAAAAAUGAGUUCAAGGCAGCGUUUGAUAUCUUCAUCCAGGAUGCAGAGGAUGGCUGUAUCAGCACCAAGGAGCUGGGGAAGGUGAUGAGGAUGCUGGGCCAGAACCCCACCCCUGAGGAGCUGCAGGAGAUGAUUGAUGAGGUGGAUGAGGAUGGGAGCGGGACGGUAGACUUUGAUGAGUUCCUGGUGAUGAUGGUGCGCUGCAUGAAGGAGGAGAGCAAAGGAAAAUCAGAGGAAGAGUUGGCUGAGCUGUUCCGCAUGUUUGACAAGAAUGGAGAUGGCUAUAUUGACUUGGAUGAGCUGAAGGCCAUGUUAGAGUCAACUGGUGAGGCCAUCACAGAGGAUGAUAUUGAGGAGCUGAUGAAGGAUGGAGACAAAAACAAUGAUGGCAAAAUUGACUAUGAUGAGUUCCUGGAAUUCAUGAAGGGGGUUGAGUGAUGUAUCACACAGCUGUAUCCUCAAACCCUCUACUAGCUGAACACCACCUGACAUCAUUCCCUGGACACCUUGGACGACGUAUAAAUAAAAAAUAACCUUCUUAAUUCCUUGCCUUUCCUUUACACUGCAUCCAUCCUCAACUUGUCCCAAAAAACUUGGAAAGCAAUGACACAUUCACAAUUAACAACCACAUCAAGAGGUUCAACAGUUGAGUGAAGCUGUACCCAUUCCUUAAUUACAUUUGCAAAAUAAUUCAUAAAUUCAGCAGUUAAGACAUGUGAAGAGGUAACCCAAAUUUCCUGUAUAUUUUCAAUAAAGAGAUUUUCUGUAAAUAAGAUUAGUGUAUUUAAUUCGCCUAAACAGUUUCAGUAUGUGGUGAUCAGUUACAUUAUAAAUAAAUAUGAUUGAUAAAAACA